CUUUCGUUUUGUUUACUAUAAUUUGUGAUCGAUACCGGCAAGUGUCACUUAGUAAACAUUACUGAUUUAUUGGUUUAAAAACUACGUUGCGGAAACUCUAAGAAUAUCUUUGCUUCACAAUGUCUCAAAAUUCUGAAAAGCCAAAUGUAAAUACAGAUAAUUCGGAUCCCACCGGCCCAGCAGCACGAAAAGGGGUGCUCAUAUCCUUCAGAACUGGGAAAACUAUGGAAAUACCUGAAAAAGAUAUUUUAGGCAGGUGCAGAUUUGUUGGUGAAUUUGAAAAAUUGAAUCGUAUUGGAGAAGGCACCUAUGGAAUUGUCUAUCGAGCAAAAGAUAAACUAAAUAAUAAUAUAGUUGCUUUGAAAAAAGUAAGGAUGGAUGUAGAGAGAGAUGGACUUCCCCUUAGUGGGCUGAGGGAAAUUCAAGUACUGAUGUCAUGUCGCCAUGAAAAUAUUGUGCAUUUAAAGGAGGUGCUAGUUGGCAGAUCCCUUGAAAGUAUUUUCCUGUCAAUGGAGUACUGUGAACAAGAUCUUGCAUCAUUAUUGGACAAUAUGUCAUCACCAUUCACCGAGUCGCAAGUGAAAUGCCUGAUGCUGCAAGUAUUGAAGGGGCUUAAGUACUUGCACUCAAACUUCAUAGUGCACAGGGAUUUAAAAGUUUCCAAUUUGUUACUGACUGAUAAAGGAUGUGUAAAAAUUGCUGAUUUUGGUUUGGCGAGAUGGUUGGGCGCUCCGGCUCGUAGUGCGACGCCGCGAGUUGUAACUCUGUGGUACAGGGCACCAGAGCUACUGCUGCAGUCACCUAAACAAACUCCAGCACUUGAUAUGUGGGCAGCUGGUUGCAUCCUAGGGGAACUGUUGGCCAACAAACCAUUACUACCAGGCAGGACUGAAAUAGAACAGUUGGAGUUGAUUGUAGAUUUGCUUGGAACACCAUCAGACGCUAUAUGGCCUGAAUUCAGUGCACUGCCAGCCCUACAGAACUUUACAUUGAAGCAACAGCCCUACAACAACUUGAAGCAAAGGUUCCCGUGGCUGUCUGCGGCAGGGCUGAGGCUGCUCAAUUUCUUAUUCAUGUAUGAUCCGAACAAGAGAGCGACGGCGGAAGAGUGCUUGCAGAGUUCUUACUUCAAAGAACAACCUUUGCCAUGUGAUCCAAAGCUGAUGCCAAGUUUCCCGCAGCACAGGAAUAUGAAGGGACAAAAAGGUUCAACAAACCAGUUGAACAUACCAUUAUCAAACCUGAACACUGGUGCCAACGACCAAACAAAUAACUUACCAGCGAUUUCAGAUCUUCUGGGGUCUUUAGUCAAGAAACGGAGAAUAGAAUAAGCAGAGUUUUCUAAUUCAAAUAAUUCCAAAACACCGUUCAAAAUAAUCUAUCCAGUCUGCCGUAUGCACCUCUGUUGAUGACUGACAUAUUUAAGGUUUCUACAUUUUGGGAUCAGUUUUUGGAUCUGCCCAUUCUUAAAGUUGGUAUCUAUCUAUCGAUGAUAUUGCCUAUUAAAAAUGUUUCUAGAGACUUCGUAACACACUGACUACAGGUGAUAGUUUAAAAGCGUUUAGUUGUAAGAUAUCGAAUAAACAAUUAUUAAAAUAUAA